CCAACAUUCCCCUUUACCCAUUCAACUUUGGAGCAACUUUGUUCCUCAUCACAAAGCCGCCAUAACAAUGGAAGUUUUCGGUGAAGCCUUCAUCCAAGCACCAGAACACAGAGCAGGCUCAAAUUUCACACCCGAAGAACCCGAGGAAAUACCCGUGAUCGAUCUCUCUCGCCUCGAGGACCCCGAGGAUGCCAAAAACGUCGUCUCGGAGAUCGGUAAGGCCUGCGAGAAAUGGGGAUUUUUCCAAGUGAUCAACCACGGUAUCCCCUGCGAGGCAAGGCAACGCGUGGAGAGCGUAGCUAGGGCAUUUUUUGACAUGGGGAUGGAGGAGAAGAUGAAAAUCAAACGAGACGAAGUGAAUCCGGUGGGGUAUCACGACGGCGAACACACGAAGAACGUGAGAGAUUGGAAGGAGGUGUUCGAUGUGUAUUUGAAUAACGAGAUGGUUCUUCCGGCUUCCCCCGAUCCUGAGGAUGAAGGCUUGAGAGUUGUGUACAACAAGUGGCCUCAGCAACCUUCUGAAUUCAGGGGGGCAUGUGAGGAAUAUGCAAGGCAUGCAGAGAAACUAGAAUUUAAGCUUCUUGAACUCAUCUCCUUAAGCUUAGGCCUAACUCAAGAACGUUUCAACGGUUAUUUUGAGAAACAAAUGAGCUUUCUAAGGAUAAAUAGAUAUCCGCCGUGUCCUCGGCCCGAUCUCGCCUUAGGCGUCGGCCGCCACAAAGACGCGGACGUACUGAGCAUAUUGGCUCAAGACCAAGUCGGAGGAUUACAAGUGAGUCGUAGAUCGGAUGGGGUUUGGUUCAACAUUAGACCUAUCCCUCAUGCCCUUGUCAUCAACAUUGGUAAUUGUAUGGAGGUGUGGACAAACGACAAGUAUUGGAGCGCAGAGCAUAGGGUGGUGGUGAAUUCGACAAAGGAGAGAUUCUCAAUACCAUUCUUCAUGAUGCCUUCUCAUGACGUGGAGGUGAAGCCAUUGGAAGAGCUCUCGAGCCACCAAAGCCCUCCAAAGUACAAAGGCUACAAAUGGGGCAAAUUCUACGUCUCCCGCAACCGAAGCGACUUCCGGAAACUACAGCUUGACAACAUUCAGAUUCAUCACUUCAAGCUCCCUGCUUAACUUCAUUUGCUUAUAUAUAUAUAUUAUCAUAUGUGAGAUGGCAAUAACUUUUGUGUGGAUCUAUAUUGUCUAUUGGAAACUAGAAAAAUAAUGAUUAUAGGAUACUAAUGAUAUAUUUUCUUCUUUUUAAA